UAGCUAUCGGCUCUACCGGCAUACAUGUGCAUGGCAUCAGAAAACGAUUGAGUCUCCGCCUAGCUCGAGCGCGUUCAUUCUUAUUCCCGGCCGGCGAAUUCGGUCAGAGUGCUUCGAGGUUGGAUAUUACACCCGUCCCAUAGCGGUGUUGGGUUUUGUCAUUGAUGUAAACAAUCAGCGGAAAAAGUCAACUCUCGCUUGGGUUACUCUCAGCGGAAGUGGGACGUUGGAUAUGUAGCGUUGUACAUAGCAUUUCCUUGUUGUCACAUGUGCAAUAUACAAGCGAAAGACAUCGAGCGGUGAAUCACUGGGAGUGGACGGCUAUCGGCUGUGGCAUUGUGUCCGAUUACGUGGCGGUGGAUAUAGAAUAGGAUCAGUGCGCUGGACCAAAAAGCCGGAAUAUGGUUGUUAAUUUGUAAUCAACACGUAGCCACGUGAUAUUAACAUGCAUUGACAUCGUGGUGACUUGAGGAUGAUGGACAAGGAUGAGCGAGGGAAGUGUUUGAGGAAGUAUGUGAAAGUUUUCGUGUAAAUACGGAGUACAUACAGGAAGGAGAACGCUUGUACAGACGCUCGACAUACUGCGUGUAAUUAAUGUAAUUUGUGACGAGUCCCUGUCACAUGUACAUUUGGAUUGGGGACGUGCAGUCAGCUUAACAAUAUCAUUACACAGUUCAGCGAACACAGGCCGCUAUUUAAUGCUGCAUCGUGGAUUAUAUCCAGGAUUAACGCUGAUUAGAGAAACGGAUUUACCGAAGAUUCAGAGUAGUGACAAGCAGUGUACGCGUGGCUGGAUUCAAGUGGAGAUGUUUCAGGAAGUUGAUACAGACUGUGUUGUGGUGGAUUAAGGUGAAUAAUCGUAUUCACAUCAACUGAAAAGGGAGCUGAAGGGAUUUGACAUUUACACAGUACAGUCGUACGUAUAUUUGUCUGUCACUGAACGCAAGGAGAGUCAGUCACACAGUCAGUCAGUCAGUCAGACAGACAGGUGUAUGUGUUUGUAAUGCAACUGUACAUUAUGUAAAUACACUCUGAGUACAUUGACGGCCAGAGCAGCUUGUAGUUAAAAUACACCAAGUUCAAGCGAUACAGAUUUAGGCCAAGGUCUGUACCAUCAAGUGACAGAAAUAUAAAACAGACGGAAGGUUCAAGUGUAUCAAGUAUACGCAGAACAGGGGAAACAAAUAUAUAAAACAGGACAGAUCCUAUCAAGUGUUAUGAAUCUCGAAAAUGAUGUGAUACAAGGAUACAAAGCUCAAGUAUAAAAGAAGUUCAAGGUGAUACAAAUAUAUACAGGUCACGUGAUACAACUUUAUUACCUUUACUCGUGACACCAAGUGGUUGUGGUGUUGGCAUGUCAAGUGAGGCCACUGGAAAAGGUCAAGUGAUACGUCUAUGAGAGGUCAAGUGAUACGUCUUUGAGAGGUCAUGUGAUACGUCAAUGAGAGGUCAAGUGAUACGUCUAUGAGAGGUCAAAUGAUACGUCUUAUGGGAUUAGCGAAGCAACAAGUGAUACAAGUAUAUGUAGACAGGUGAUACUACUAUAUUACAGUACCUCGCGUCAUCAAAUGGUAGGUACAUAAAUAUCAAGUGAUACUUCUAUAAAGAACAAGUGGUACAUAUUUGUAAAGUCAAGUGACACAGGUUCGCCUAGAAAAGGUCAAGUGAUACGUAUAUAAAAGGUCAAGUGGUACGUCUAGAAGAGGUCAAGUGAUACGUCUUCGGCUAUAAAAGGUGAACUGGUACGCCUAUAAGAGGGCAAGUGAAACUUCUUCAAGAGGUCAAGUGAUACGUUUUUCAGGAUAUCCGAAGCACCAAGUGAUACACUUUUGUUUAGAGGAGACACCGAGAUAUUCAUGCAUGUUUAGCAUGGACAACCGUGACAGCUGGUGAUCAUCUUUGUUGUCAAGUGAUAGGGUGUCAGUAGUGAGGGCGUGGCGCCUCCAGACAGGGCGUGGCACCAUGUGGUGUGGGUCUGGACGUACGGGGAGGGAGAGACUGAGGUCAGACAGCGAAUGCUCCACCUACGACGAGGAGUGCAAGAUCGUCGUCGUAGGCUCAUCCAGCGUAGGAAAGACAGCUCUGUGUCACACAUUCGUCACUUCUGAUGGAGAGGACGGCACGAAACACUUGCAGAAGUCCUCUAAAGGGAGGCGAGCCGAGUUUGACACGUGGGAGACGGUGGACGGGGAGACUUGUUGUAUGAGAUUGUUUGAACUGCGCAUGUCAGCUCAGGGAGAUGACGACGAACAGAUUGUGAGAUCCUUGACGCAGAGCGCAGACGGCUUCAUCCUCGUCUACUCCAUCACCGACAAGCGGAGCUUCGACGCUGCAUCACGAGUCCACGAAGCUAUCCACAAGAUCAGAAACAACAGCGACACACCGCUAGUGCUAGUUGGUAACAAGGGUGACGCAUUCACGGAGCGAGAGGUCCUUGUGUCUGAUGGUAGGGACAUGGCGUUUGAUAUUGGAACGGCAUUUUACGAGACUUCAACGAGAAUGGACUUGGAGAAGGUGCGGAGUAUAUUUCACGAUGUUAUUAGACAAGUGAGGUGCGUUCGAUCGCGAUCUCGUUGCCAGGAACAAGCUUGCAAUAAAGUGAGAGGAUUUAUUCACAGAUUGAGCUUGCGAUCAAAGCGGAAGUCACUCAAGAGACAAUCGACAGGAUGACGUCACUUGAUGACGUCAUUUGUGUGGACUUUGGUGUGAAUGGAUUACAAUACUGGUAUUUCCCUGAUGUGAUAUGGAAUGAUGUUUCUGUUAUUUGUAUUCUGCUGAAUAUCGGUUAUGAAGUUCAAAAUGUAUUGUGUAGUGAAAGCCAUUAAAUACUCACGUGAA